UUGGCCAUUAUUAGACGAAGAAACAAUUACACGAUCAGAGAGCCAAGAGAGAGAGAACCAUGGCUUCUCUCCUCACCCAACCCAUUCUCUUCUAUCUACAAAUCCUGGGUCUGUUAAUCGCAUCGGUUUGCGUCCCAGUUAUCAGCGGUGGUGGGGUUGUAGAAGCUCGAGAACAGAGAGAGUUCGAUUACUUCGUCUUGGCUCUACAAUGGCCCGGCACUUUCUGCCGGAGAACCCACCAUUGUUGUUCCUCCAAUGGUUGUUGUAGAGGCUCAAAUUCUCCAACCGAGUUUACAAUCCAUGGAUUGUGGUCUAACUAUAACGAUGGAACCUGGCCUGCAUGUUGCACUGGAUCUAAUUUUGAUGUAAAAGAGAUCUCAACAUUGCUCGAUGCCCUAGAGAAGUAUUGGCCAUCUUUAAGUUGUGGUUCUUCGUCAACCUGUCAUGGUGGAAAAGGAUUAUUUUGGGCUCAUGAGUGGGAAAAGCAUGGGACAUGUUCGUCUCCAGUUAUUCGAGAUGAAUACAAUUACUUUUUGACAACCCUCAACGUCUAUUUCAAAUAUAAUGUCACAAAUGUUCUGAAUGAAGCUGGAUAUGUGCCAUCGAACUCUGAAAAAUAUCCUCUUGGAGGCAUUAUUUCUGCAAUUGAAAAUGCCUUCCAUGCAACACCAUUAGUGGUUUGCUCUGAUGGUGCAGUGGAGGAACUGCGAUUAUGCUUCUAUAAGGAUUUUAAGCCUCGGGAUUGUGUAAUUGGAUUUACCAGUCAAGAUGACAUUAUUUCUUCGAAGAGCUCUUGUCCCAAAUAUGUGAGCUUGCCAGCAUUCGCAUCAGUAGGGCUUGAAAAUGGAGGGGCUGCAUUUUCAUGGUUACGUCAACAUGAAGCUCUUUGAACAGCCGGUACCUUGUAAGGAUACAAUGAGAUUGCCAAAUCCUCUGUUGUAUUUGUAAACAGAAUAAGAUUGUACUAUAAAAAAAUGGGGAAAAGGUUUUCUAUUUGUGUACCUGGACAGGUGAAACAUUGAACGUAUAACUUUGAAUUGGUUGUGUCGACCAAUCUAUGCACUGUGUUAUUGUUAGUAUAAUAUUGAUACCAUGCAACUGAACAUAGCCGGAUCCAUGAUUUGCCAGGUUGCUUGUUAUAUUA